AUGCCUACUUAAAUGGAAGUGGAGUACUGGAGAAACAGGUACUAAAGAAUGAACAGGGAAAGAUUUAUUGCUGCUAAUACAAUUGCUGUCAUCACCCACGCCAUUACUCAACCACUUGACAUGGUUAGGAUUAGGUCUCAAAUGCUCCAAGAGGGGAAAACAUUUAUGGGAAUAGGCUACUAAAGAGGAUGGUAUCCAUUCCAAAUUUUGGAAGAGAUCUACCAAGCAGGUGGAGGACUUAAAAAGUUCUACUCAUCAUUUGAUGCUUUCUUUGUAAGAACAUUAGCAUAUACUACCGCAAGAGUUUCCUGCUUCGCUUAUUUCUAUGACAAGCUAAAUAAAGACCCAAGAAGAAUCGCUAGACCAGAUUAUAUGGUAUUUGCAGGACUUGCUGGAGGCUUUGUUGCUGGUGUUGCUACCAACCCAAUCGAUAUUGUUUUCAACAGAAUGCAAGUUGAUGAACUAUAUCCAAUUGCUGCCAGAAGAAACUAUGCCAAUCUCUUAGAUGGUCUGCAACAUGUAUCUCAAGAAAAAGCUUUGUUUAGAGGAGCUAUAGCUAAUGGACUUAAGCUUGGAGCUAUUUGCGCAUCUAUGACUAGUAUUUUUGAUUGGUGCAAAGAAAACUCCUACUACUUCUUUGGUCCUCACUGGAUAAACAGACUAUGGGGUACAGCAGUAGCUGUUUCUUUGGGAACUCUUGUCAGUGUUCCUUUAGAUAUGGUCAGAACUAGACUUCACACAAUGAAAAAGCUACCUAACGGCUUGAUGCCUUACCAAGGUACGUUAGAUUGCAUCAAUAAAAUAAUCAAAUAUGAAUGCAACACCAAAUACAGUUCUAACUUUGGAUCAUUCUAUGCUGGUGCUCAAGCUUACUGGGUUAGAUUAUUCUUAAUUUGCUAUCUUUCUCAAUUCUUGCUUGACUUUUAUCAUGCUAACCACUUCGAUCAAGAAUUUUGGCAGCCUGCUAGAUUCUAAUAUCAAACUGGUAUCGAUUACGACGUUCAUGAUCCAUUCACAGAUGCUUUCAAUAAAAGACUCGUAGCUACCUAUGUUGGCAUUGGCGGUCUAGGUGCUGCUCACCCCUCAGGAAAAGAAGGCUUGGUCAUUAUUUGA